AUGAAACGUGUUUGGAGAUUCACUUCAGAAGCAACACAAGCUUCCAGAUUCACCGAAACACGCCACCGAUCAAAUCCCAAAUCCAUUCCCAUUCUCCCCACCUCCACAUUCAUCCAACGACACACGAGUACCCUGCAACAGCCAAGCGUGUUAUUGGACCUUGUUUCGCUGUUCAAAGUUUCAAUUCCACCUUGCGAAAAGCAUCUCAUUAACGAAAUCGCUAUUUUGAAGAACAAAUUGCUUCGCGAAGCUUCUGAUUCCGUUAGGGUUGCUAGCAUUUUGGAAGAUAAUUCUGAAUCUCUGGUUCGCUCUCAUCCCGUCUUUCUUGAGCUUUUGAAUCAAUUGAAUUCAAACCCUUCUCUCUUACUAGAGGUGUUUAAUUGGAGAAGGAAGAGAAAUGUUUCUGAAUUCGAUGCUUGCAGGAAUUCGAUGAAUGCACAUGAAUAUUCCAAGGGUAUCAAAGCGGCGGGAAGAUCUAAGAAUAUUGAUCUUGCUGUUGAGCUUUUUAGGGAGGCUGAGAAGAAGGGUGUGAAGAUAAACAGCACUUACAAUGCACUCAUGGGUGCUUUUAUGUUCAAUGGUCUUGCGGGUAAAUGCCACUCUUUGUUUCUCGAUAUGAAAAAGGAUCCAGUUUGCUCUCCUUCCGUUGUUACAUACAAUAUUGUUAUAUCUGUUUUUGGUCGCUUGAUGCUCAUUGAUCACAUGGAAGCAACAUUCAAGGAGAUGAGUGACUUAGGCCUCUCGCCUAACAUAUCGACUUAUAAUUAUUUAAUUGGUGGAUAUAUCUCCACCUGGAUGUGGGAUGAUAUGGAAAAAGUUUUUCAAGUGCUAAAGUCAGGCCCUGUUGGGCCUGAUAUGAAAACUUACCUCUUAAUGAUUCGUGGGUAUGCACACCUUGGUAAUCUGGAGAAGAUGGAAGAGAUAUAUUCAUUGGUAAGGGAUCAUGUAAAUAAAAAUGAAAUGGCGAUUCUAAGGGUUAUGAUAUGUGCCUAUUGUAAAAGUUCUGAUGUAUAUAAAACGAAGAAAAUAGAGGCAAUGUUAAAGUUGAUCCCUGAAAAAGAAUACAGGCCCUGGUUAAACGUGUUGUUGAUUAAGCUUUAUGCCCGGGAAAACUUGUUAGAGAAAAUGGAGACUGCAAUAAACGAGGCAUUUGAGCACAGAACCGCUGUUACAACCACAGGCAUUAUCAAGUGCAUAGUUACAGCUUAUUUUCGGUGCAACGCGAUAGAAAAUCUUGAAAAUUUUGUUACACGUUCUGUAUUUGCGGGGUGGAGAAUCUGCCACUCCUUAUAUCAUUGUAAGCUGGUCAUGUAUAGCUCACAGAAGAACCUUGGAAAAAUACUAAAUGUCCUGGAGGAGAUGGAUGAUAUCAACAUGAAUCGCAACAAGCAAACAUUGUGGAUAAUGUACAAAGCUUACUGCAAUUCUGGUCAGAAAGCCAUGGUUUUGAAAAUAUUGGGACAAAUGUUCAAGCAUGGUUAUACAGUUCCCAACGACGCAUUUCCGUCAUGA